GCUGCUGAUCGAAUCAGGGCUGGGGAACUCCAUGUGGCCUCAUGCGGUGAGGCAUGCUACAGUGGCAAGGAACCGCGUACUCACAAAGGUGGCUGAUGAUAUGUGGGUGCCGCUGGAGAGCCAGAUGGAGAAUCACACAUGGGACCUGGUGUACUUGCCAAAUGGGAAGAAGGCAAUACAGUGCAAGUGGCUGGCAAAAAUCAAGACGGAUGAGAAAGGAGAGCCAUCAGUUUACAAGAGCAGGCUGGUGGCAAAGGGGUUUCAGCAGAAAGCGAAGGAAGAUUACAAAGAAGUGUUUGCCCCAACUGCUAAGUCUCCAACGCUACGUGUGCUGCUGGCGGUAGCUGCUGUGCGCAAAUGGAAGGUGAAGCAGAUGGACAUCGUAACCGCUUUUCUGUACGGCAUUGUGGAAGAGGAGGUGUACAUGGUUCAACCACCUGGCUAUGAGGAUGGAACCGGUCGUGUCUGCAAACUUAACAAGGCCAUCUAUGGCUUGAAGCAGGCCCCGAGAUGCUGGUACAACAGGCUGGCCAGUGCACUGGAAGGGAUUGGAUUCCGUGCGAGUGCAUGCGACGAGAGCCUAUUCCUGAUGAGCGAGGGGGAGUCGCUUGUGCUUCUGCUGGUGUACGUGGAUGACAUCCUGCUCUUCAGCAGCAGUGACAAGGAGAUCGAUGGGGUGCAGCGGAAGCUCACAGAGCAGUUCAAGUGCAAGUCACUUGGAGAGGCAAGGUACUACCUGGGAAUGCACAUUGAGCGGGAUACUGAACGUGGCUGGCUCAAACUGCAUCAGGGACAGUACAUCAACACCUUGGCUGAGAAGUACUCUCUGCAGGAAGAACGGGAAGUGGUCACACCUUUGCCUUCCGAGUUCAAACUCAUAAAGGCAGCUGAAGGAGAAGGAGUUGAGAGUGAAGACCAGAGGCAAUUCCAAUCCAUGGUCGGGAGCCUACUCUACGCUGCUGUGCAUACUCGGCCUGACAUCAGCUUUGCUGUGGGACAGCUGGCUCGAGUAGUGCAAAAUCCAACAGAAGAGCAGUGUGGUGCAGCGGAGAGAGUGGUGCGCUACCUCAAGUCAUACCCUACAGUGGGAGUACAGUAUUCAGCCUCUGCUCAACUCAGUCAAAAAGGAUUGAAGUCCUCAAAGAGAAGGGGGAGCAGCUCGGAGAAGGAAAGGUGUUCCUUUCCUGUUUUGCUGAUGCCACGUGGGCUUCUGAGCAUGAGGAUUCAUCAUCAGUUGGUGGAUACAUCUGCAUGGUGGGAGGUGGGCCUGUAAGUUGGAGGUCCAAGAAGCAGUCUGAGACGGCACUAUCUUCAGUGGAAUCUGACUACGGAAUCGAGUGAUUCAACUUUCAGUGGAAAGCUGACGCUGCCAGCUACAACAUAUCCGAUUUUCAGAUCGUUUCACCGAUUGGAGUUUUUGAUAUAGCUAUUCGAAGGUC